AUGAUGAUCAACUCGGUGAUGCGGCCGUCCGAAUACAAGAACGCCGCGUACGAGAACGAUGACACGUACCUGGUCAACUUCAGAGCCGGCUCUUCUGGCGAAUCUCCGACGCCGUAAGUAUUCUGCUCAUCAAUUCGCAUCCGUGAUUCCCAUUUCAGGUCUUCUUCUGCUGACUGUAAUCUCCGUUACAACGAAUCCAGGUCCCACAUGAUCAUAGAAGUGCCGGUGGCUCAACUGAAAAAGAUGCAGCAGGCCGAGGGAACGGUCUCUGUCAAAAGGGAAACUCAACACUUUUGCGGUUGGUUCAGAUCUGAAAAGAGGGACCAUGAAUGACAAUUUCAGAAACGACAACGAUGCACGGGCCGAAAAGAGUGUUUAAAGGAAAACGGUAAUAAUUGUAAUUUUUGCUCGGAGACGUUUUAAAACUGAUUUCCAGAUGGGCAACUCUAUUCUGGGCUAUAAUGGUCUCUUUCUCUCUGGGUCUUCUCAUCACUCAAGUGGUCAUACUCGUGUCUCAAUAUCUUUCGAAACCCACAGUAUCCGAUGUGAGUUCAUUUGGUCCGUUCCAUUUGAAAUUCCUUCUCUCAGGUUUCAUUUCUUAUCAACGACGAUGGAAUGGACUUCCCGCUUGUUACUAUUUGCAAUCUGAAUCCUGUUAGGAAAAGUUAUGUUGCAGGUAAAUUAAAAUUAGAGUACUUUUUUGACUCAUUUUUGAUUGCCUUUUUCGCCCCUUAAGUAACUAUUCAUUUGAGACAUGAAAAUUUGACAAAACGAUUAAAAAAUGCCAUGAGGAGUCCAAUAUUCUGAGUUUUCUGCAUUUUGGCGUAUCUGUAUUUGCGUACUUAUUUCUACGGGUUUCUAAUUUUUACGGGAUUGUCACACUCCCAUUAAAAUUCAUUGUUCCACAUCCAUCUUUGAUUUCAGAAAUGAACAAAACGGGAGACGUGGCUCCAGAAAUGAUAAAUUAUCUUAUGCAGUGGUUCACGGAAAUUCCGACUCUAAUCGGCGGAUCCGAUCGACAGAGUCUCCAUCAGGGCAAUCAGGAUCUCGAGCAAUAUCAGGCCAAUCAUCCCUCGUUCUCCGCCGACUCUUUCUUCAUGGAAGCCGGAUUCGAGUGCUCCGAAGUCAUGAAACUGUGUUCGUUCCAGGGAGAAAUGUAAUAUUUUGCGAGUCGUUCCACCAAAUCUCACUCUCUUCUCUGCAGAUUCGACUGUUGCAGUCUGUCCACGCCGAUACUGACCCCACUGGGAAAGUGCUACACUCUGGAUCUUUCCAAGAGCGACAAGUCGACAAUGCACAAACAGACGGAACCGGGCAUCCAGGCGGGUCUCCAGAUCACUCUUGACGCCCACAUCGAAGAGCAAUUCGACGGGCUCGAAGACUCGAUGCCGGCUCUUUUCACGAAUUCUUUUGUCGACGGAUUCCGUUACUUCGUGCAUCCGCCGGAGACGAUUCCUCAUUUGGCGUCCGAUGAAUUCACAGUUUCACCGAACUCCGUUGCCUAUUCAGCUAUUUCUGGAGACCGAGUCUGUUUGCUUCGAUUCUUUUCAUCCAAUGAUUUCAUUCUAUUCAGUACGUACUUCUCCCCUCGAAACAAUGGGGUAAUUGUACGGAAGACUACCCCGCCGGCAUCACUACCAACCUACCGUACUCUUCUGGAAAUUGCCUUUCGCUGUGCAAGGCCAAAUACUUUGAGGAUAACUGUGGGUGCGCUCCUGGGCUUUAUAACAUCGAGAACCGUAAGUACAUUGGCAUAAGAACUUGAGCAAAAGGUCCGUACUUUCAGGUACUCGCGAAUGCACUCCCUUCGAAACUUACACUUGCAUCGAUAACAAACUCAGCGAGCAUAACAAAGGUUUGCAUUCGAUUUGCACUUCUAAGGGAAAAUUUUAAACUUUAAGAGACCGGAAAGCUGACAUUUAAGCAGCCAUCGUGCUCGGAGUGUGCUCAGCAGUGCAACAGUCUCGUCUUCCGUGCCUACAACUCUUACGGUAGCAAGUUUUCGGCUGGAGCACUCAAUUGGCUCCGUGCCAAGAAUACCAACUGGACUGUCGGUCACAUGAAGUGAGUGGGCACAGUUUUGAAGUAGAAAUGCAUUCAUUCCAGAGCCAAUUUCCAAAUGGUCAACGUAUUCUAUCGAGACAUGUCUUACACGGAGUACAAUCAAGUUCAAGACGCUUCCAUCACCCAAUUGCUCAGUAAGAUACCCAUCAGAAACGCUCUAAACAGAUUCAUAUUCAGGUGACAUCGGAGGAAACAUGGGCAUGUUCCUCGGAAUGUCCGUCAUCACAAUCACUGAGAUUUGUCUCUUCUUCUCCAAAGUAUUCUGGAUCGGAUUCUCGAAGAGACGAAGAGAUUACAUGUAUUCGAAGAAGAUUAACGAAAAAGUAACCGUGUUUGCUUCCCGUUUGAAUUCUGAAUCUGACUAUUUCAGAUGUACGUGCGAGAGGUGAAUGAGACGGUGGAAAAGAUGAAGGCUAUCGGAUCAGAGGACAAUUUGAAGUGAGCGAGUUCCCCUUUAUUCCCUCAGAUUCUCAAUUCCAGAACUCUCGCCCGAAUAACCAGCGGCGCCACGAUAAAAGACCCGGAUCAAAACGAAAACGUACAAUUCCGGAUAAAUCUGCAAGACCUGGCCGAGCAGUACAACGCAGAUUCCGCCUACAUUCGGACGGACAUCGAGCGGUCCCGGACCAACACUUCCAAGUACUAG